AUGGAGCGAAUAGAAUUGCUUGUGUCAUCUCAUCGAAUAUCACGAAUAAGCGAACAUUUUGCCUUACAUUUCAGAGGAGGGGCCCGAGACUACGGUGGCAGAGGUCCAGCCCCUGGAACGGGCUGUUGUUUCAAUUGUGGAAUUGAGGGCCACUGGGCCCGUGAUUGCAAAUCCGGCGACUGGAAAAACAAGUGUUAUCGGUGUGGGGAAAGAGGUCAUGUGGAAAAGGAUUGCCGGGACAGUCCCAAGAAGCUGAGACGUGGCCGGAGUUACUCACGCUCGCCUGUGAGGUCCCGUUCGCCUCACCGUGGUAGAAGUAGGAGCCGAAGUUUUAGCCCGACUCGUAGUUACAGCCGUUCGAGGUCUCCUCCUCCUAGAAGAGGGAAAGAUAUCGAGCAUAAAGAGAGACGUUCAAGAAGUCCUCAAGAAAGAAGCCCAAAGUUAAAGACAAGGAAUCACAGCCCAAGUCCCGAUAAUAGUCCAAAGCAGGCAAGCCCGAGUCCAAGUAUAGGCAAAACAGGCAUUGAUGAAAAUAACAGAGCCCACUCGAAUAGCACUGGGUCCCCUGACCGUGUUGUUGAUGAGAAUGAUAUUGGCUACCCGAGAAAUAGUGAGUCUCCUCCUAGUCGUGGUGUGGAUGAAAAUGGCGGUGCUGGGCAUACCAACAGCGAGUGA